ACGUUGCCUUGGGAGAAGUAACACGGGGCCACACAACUGCAGUCUAACUCACUGAAACCACGUACACCUCUGUACAGAGACUCGGGCGAUUCAGUUGUCUGUGGAUAUACUGCUGAAACAAAGGAAAGUGAGACAUUUCGUCCCAUCCGGCUUGAGGUCAGUGAUGGUCAGUGCUGGUUAGAACCUGCUUCCGAAGAUGUCAGCUUCAGAUUCUGACUAUUCUAUUGACUGGCUGGCCAGUGAUGAUGAGGACAACGAUAGUGAGUUAGAACCAGACUGUACCAAAACUGAGGGGCAAACCACACUGCCCAAAGCCCCCUCCUCGGGGAUCAUCCAGGGAGCUCAGACUUGCCAGUCACUCCCAAAGAGGAAUGGCGUUAAAGGGGAGGUAAAGGAGAAAGAGAAUACGAGCUCUCGGGGAAGCUCUCCUGCUUGCUGCGAUAGUUCGGACUACUGCAAUGACGGUGAGCUUUCUCACCUGGGACAAGGGGAUCGAUCCAAUUACCGGUGCACCGAGAGUCCUAAAGGCAAUAAGAGGCAGGUGCUGAAGAGAACACGGAGCUCCUUGGUGUCGGAGCACAGAGAGAGGCAGCUCACAGCUGAGCAAAUGGAGAAAAACAGGCUGUUUGCCUGCAAGUGCUUGGAGCUGCAGUGUUACAUUCACCCACUGUCCUCAAUCCUUAAUGGCCUACGAUCAGGCAGAUACAGAGAACGCCUCAGCACUUUCCAAGAGAGUGUGGCCAUGGACCGCAUCCAGAGGAUAAUGGGGGUCCUGCAGAAUCCCUGCAUGGGGGAGAGAUAUGUCAACAUCAUUCUGAAAAUGGAGGAAAUGUUGAUGAACUGGUUCCCUCACAUAAAACCACAACGAAACGAUCAAGCCAACACCGCAGACCUGAUGGAGGAGACGAACCCGUCUAAGAAACCCAAGUUGUCUCCAGCUACAUCUCCCCUGCUCAUCGGCAUUGCAAACCCUGCCACCACAAGUGCCUCUUCCAUGGGUAGCAAGGCAAUGAGAGUCAGUGACCUUACCCCACCUGAGCCCUACUCUGCAACCAACCUAAAAUGGCUCCACACAUCACCCAUCUGCUCCCCAACAGCUGAACAGGCCGUUCAGAACUUUCUAACAGCCCACAGAGGCAAGGACACAACACAGGACAACUCUGUGUCCUCCAGCACAGACCGGCUGUGUAGUGAGACAGACUCUACUCCCAGUCGACCGCCUCCAGGCAAAAUUAAUGCACCAUGCCUUGAGAGACUGCUUAAAUCUACAGAGAGUAUCAUUACCCAGAAAGGCUCAGUGGGCAUGGGUGGAAUGACAGACGGCGGUUGGUCCUAGUCCUGCGAAAGGGCUCUGGGAGAUCAGAGCUUUGCUAGAGCGUGAAUGCCCCAAACUGGACUGGAGUCACCUGACUUAGGGGCAAUUCCUGCCUCCAUUCUAGCCUUGCGGAGAGGCACAGAAUGCCACAGAGGGAGUUGAGCUUAGCCCAGCACAACCAAGCGACAUGUUCGGUUACAUACUAUAAAGUGUCAGAAUUUGAUCUUUGUACGCAUGGGGGUAUAUCCGUGUACGUCUUCAUUUUUUCCUUCUGUUGGACUGCAGAAUGAGUUGUAGCUGUGUGUGUGUUGGGGGGGGGGGGGGGGUUGUUAGAAGGUUCUACGAUGUUGGCUCACCUCUGUACUUACCUUUGAUAAGGUUUCCUCUGAAGACAAAGCCAAAGGAGAAAACCUCCCAUGGCGGCAAGAUCUGAUGAUGCAGCGUAUUGGUAUCUAUGAAAAAGCAAAUCUCUAGACAAAACUAAGCAGCCUUUUUUUUUCCAAGAAGGGAAUGGAAAAGAGGGAGGUAUUUAUUCUGGGAACACUUCAGAUAUUCCAGUGUGUUAGUGAUCUCUAUUGUAGGUGUGAUUGAAUGUGAAUUUAUUGCUUUAGUUUGCUCUUUACAUCCACUCUAGAGAGAUGAUUGAUGUGAUUGUUACUUAAUAGAUUUAAACUUCUAGCAAUUGUUUUUGGUACAACGGUUCUACCUCAAUCUGACACCACGUCUCCAGAAGUGUAUGAAUAGAUUAUAAGAACAUACAUAUACUCACGUAGACUCAGACAGAGGAAGCCUCAAAGCGCAUAAAUACAGUGAGCCAAACUUGCCUGUCAUGCCGGAAUGCUGGGUGCGAGCUGUUCAGCUCGGACUAACACAGGAGGCUCACUUCAAUGGAGGAAACUCCGGAGGAUUGACUGGUGCCAUUGUAAAGAAUGUGAACUGCAAAUUUUAGCUUUCUUUGUAAGCCUCCCAGUUCAAGGCAUACGGUGCCUGUUAAUUUGAUGUCAAACUGUGCCUCUUCACUGGUUUUGAAGGGAGAGUAAGACUCAUCCGGAAUACCUGACUCUUCUGAAGGAUGUACAAAAAAUUCAGGAACCUUCAAAACUCCUGCCAUUCAUUUUCUGCUAUCAAGUAAAUUAUUGAAACUCUUGCCAACUACUUCUGUGGUCAUGUGAGACAAUGACAUUCAGUUUGCCACAGAGCUGGAUGAAAUCUAAGAGGGAAAAGGUAUUAACUGUGUACAUAUUUGGAAAAGUGCUGUUAAUUUACCCUUGCAAAGUGGCCUUUAUAGUGUAAUAUUUUAUACUUUCAGAAAAUAAAUGUGGUUAUAUUUGUUUGCUGUA